AUGAAUCUAGAUGGGAAAGAUGUUGCGCGCAAUCAAUGUUUAGGGGGAGAAAAUUUUUCAGCACGACUUUGCUAUGGCAUGUGGAAUGAGGGUGGGAAAUCAAAUCCCCAGGAUCACUAUCACAGCACCACUCAGAGACGUUCUCCUCUUAAACAGAAUGUUUGUGCUGUGUACACGCGCAUGAAUUCCAGUAAUUAA